AUGGAAGUUCCACUUGUUAACUUUGAAAACAUGGAUGAUGUUGGCAUCAACCUGGGUGAUCCAAACGACUCUGGUUACCCCACUUCACCUACCUCAGAAGCCCCCGAUCAGAACCUUUUAACCCAUCGCCUGCCUUCUCCUCACCAGUCACCACGCAGAGGACGUCGUGGGCAUCAGUCGGGUCAAGAUGGGUUAUCCCCUUCCACUCCUCCGACUCUGACCUCCAAAGAAAACUCCAGCAGCGGCAGUUUGAUCUCCAAUCUCAAGCUGCUGAUCAACAGCGAGUCUCCCACAGACAGCGUCUUCAGUAAGAUGCCGAAGGAUUAUUACGAAAAUGAAGAUCUUUUUGAAAAGCACUGCAUUGAAGAAAAAGAUGAGAAAGUUGUCAUCAAUAUUUCAGGCCUGAUGUUUGAAACCCAACUCAGCACCCUCAACAAGUUUCCCGAGACACUACUGGGCGACCCAAUCAGGAGGAUAAGUUACUUUGACCCAAUGAAAAAUGAGUAUUUUUUUGACCGAAACCGCCCAUCUUUUGAUGGGAUUCUCUACUAUUAUCAGUCGGGGGGCAGAAUUCGUAGACCAGCCAACGUUCCCUUAGAUGUUUUUGCAAAUGAAAUGGUUUUCUACGAGUUGGGUCAUGAAGCAAUGGAGCAGUUCCGAGAAGAUGAGGGGUUCGUCAAAGAGCCCGAAGUCCUUUUGCCCACCAAUGAACUGCGGCGGCAGUUCUGGCUCCUGUUUGAAUACCCAGAGAGCUCCAGUGCAGCCAGAUCCUUGGCACUGGUCUCUGUGUUAGUCAUUGUCAUUUCCAUCUUCAUCUUCUGCCUGGAAACUCUGCCAGAGUUCAGAGAGGACAGUGACUUUCCUUCAACUUUAACCCAAAUGAACAAUGGCACCCAAGACAGUGCGGGCCCUCAUUCUGCCAAUAAAGACGUGAUUGCAUAUAUCACUGACCCAUUUUUCAUUGUGGAGACUAUAUGUAUCAUUUGGUUCUGCUUUGAAGUCGGUGUCCGUUUUGUGGUGUGCCCCAGCAAAAGGGAUUUCUUUAAUAAUAUCAUGAAUACCAUUGACAUUGUAUCUAUAAUUCCCUACUUUGUAACCCUGGGAACCGAGCUGGCUACAACACCCGAUGAAGACAUGAACUCAGGGCAGAAUAUGUCCUUGGCGAUCCUGAGAAUCAUCCGACUAGUCAGAGUCUUCAGAAUUUUUAAACUUUCGCGACACUCAAAGGGACUUCAGAUUUUGGGACAGACCUUGAAAGCCAGCAUGAGGGAACUGGGGCUGCUGAUCUUCUUCCUUUUCAUUGGAGUCAUUCUUUUCUCAAGUGCCAUCUACUUUGCUGAAGUGGAUGAGCCGCAGACGCAAUUCGUUAGCAUCCCUGAUGGCUUCUGGUGGGCUGUGGUGACGAUGACCACUGUUGGCUAUGGAGACAUGUGCCCUAUCACCAUGGGAGGCAAAAUGGUCGGCACUCUCUGUGCCAUUGCUGGUGUCCUGACCAUUGCCUUGCCCGUCCCCGUCAUCGUCUCCAACUUUAACUACUUCUACCACCGUGAGACUGAGCAGGAGCAGAAGUUGGUGAUGGAUGCAGCAGCAGAAGCUGCUCAGAAAAUGUCCGCUGCUAAACAGUACGAAAGUACAUUUUCUUUAAACAAAAGUAACGGCAACUGGCAAAAUGACAAAAACGGCAUGCACUGACGGAUAAGCUAUUGGCAGGAAUGACAAAAACACAUGGACACAUGUACUGUAAACAUAUCUGUUAGCUAGACAAACUCGGUUUAUCUUUGUCACCAUUUUGUACACCAAACAUGGAAAAACUGUGCAGCUAAUUUCAGUAUUAACAGGCAAUGUGUA